GCCGAGGCGGUCGCGGCUCAUUCGGAGAAUGGCCGCGGCCACGGCGUGCGGCUCUCCGCCUCCCCGCCCGCCCCGCGAGCAGCCGCCGCCGCGGAAGCGGGGUGACUCCCGGCGGCGGCAGGCCGCCCUCUUCUUCCUCAACAACAUCUCCUUGGACGGACGGCCGCCCUGCCCGCCCACCGAGAAACCGCUGCCGCCCGCCGGCCCGGGCGAAGGGGAGGAGGCAGCGGCGGCGGAGCCGACCGGAGUCCCCCCUCGUUUGUUGUCCCCGUCGCCCGCCUGCCAACCGCCGCCCGCUCUGCUGCUGACCGGCGUCUCCCCUCUCGUCGCCACCACCGGAGCCAAGGGGGAGGCGGACUCCACCCGUGGUAGCAUGUUUCUACCGCAGCUGCUCCUGGGCGGCCCGCUCUGUCCACCGCCCGCGGCGCCGCCCGCCCUGCCGGGGAUGCUGGCGGCCACCAAACCGGGCGCAGCGGGGCUGUUGAGCCCCACACAGAACGCGGCGGGCGGCGGCUUCGCUCUGGAGGCGCAGCGACAGAGAAGGCGUUUUAUCUCCCAGCGCUGCUCUCUAGACUUUUUAGAAGACAUAGUGGAAUAUGCCAGUGUACAAAGAACCAAGCAUAUAUCUGGGUCUCCAAGACACAAAAGUCUGAAGAAGAUGCACUUCAUCAAGAACAUGAGGCAGUAUGACACUAAGAACAGCAGGAUAGUGUUAAUCUGUGCUAAAAGAACACUGUGUGUGGCUUUUUCUAUCCUACCUUACGGGGAGAGUUUACGUAUCAGUGAUCUAAAAAUGGAAGGACAGAAGCAGCGACAUCCUUCUGGGGGAGUUUCAGUCUCCACUGAGAUGGUGCUUGGACUGGAAGGGGUAGAGCUAGGUGCUGAUGGCAAGGUUGUGUCCUAUGCAAAAUUCUUGUAUCCCACCAAUGCCCUGGUUGUGCGCAAGCCUGACAGCCACAGUGCUGUGCCCUUGUGUCGAGCCAGUGCUCCACGGAGUAUUCCUGCAUCAAGAUACAAAGCUGUGGCAGCAAAAUCCUUACCAGCAGGAACAGACCUUGGAAGUGAAGUUGGGGAAGCUGCAGAGUAUGAUCCAGAUCUCCUGGAUGAUCCUCAAUGGCCCUGUGGAAAACAUAAACGUGUUCUCAUCUUUGCUUCUUACAUGACUACAGUUAUAGAAUAUGUGAAGCCCUCAGACCUUAAAAAGGAUAUGAACGAAACCUUUAGAGAGAAGUUUCCUCAUAUCAAGUUGACACUGAGUAAAAUUAGGAGUUUGAAGAGAGAGAUGCGGAACUUGAGUGAAGAGUGCAAUCUGGAGCCCGUUACUGUCUCCAUGGCUUACGUUUACUUCGAGAAGCUCGUCCUCCAAGGCAAACUCAACAAACAGAACCGCAAACUGUGUGCUGGUGCUUGCGUUCUGCUUGCAGCCAAGAUCAGCAGUGAUCUCAGGAAACAUGAAGUUAAACAUCUGAUUGAUAAACUAGAAGAGAGAUUCAGAUUCAACAGAAGAGAUCUCAUUGGUUUUGAAUUCACCGUCCUUGUAGCUUUGGAACUGGCUCUUUAUCUUCCUGAAAACCAAGUUUUACCUCAUUACAGACGACUCACACAACAGUCUUAACCAAAGCUGUGCUCCAGCUGACAGCCAGUGGUGCUGGGAAUCGCAUCGCCGAAGGCUGCUGGUGAAGUUGCCACUGGCCUCUCCAUGCUGCUGCGUGCCCUGCCGUGGCUACAGGAGGUUUUGAAGUCGUUGGUGUGGUGUUAAACUGUUGAGGUGUGUUGUGGACACGAGUGCCAAGUCUGAGGGAUGACACAAGAAGAGUUGUUAAACUUUAUUUUCUUUUGGAUGUGUAAAGCACAAAUGUUCCCCAGUCAGCUGUUGUGGCUGCUUACUAUUCCUUAUUUAUCUUUUUGGUUUUCCUAAAACUGCUCUUCCCUAUGACAAAUACUAUGGUAUUGUUUCUUUCGUUUUAAAGCCUUUGUUGUAUUCCUUGAGACUAAAGGAAGCAUCACUUCCAUUCCAGUGCACCAUAAAGUUCAGAUGUCUCUGAGAAUCUUCUCACAUUUUUACAUUACUGAAAUGCAUACUUUAUUUUUUUAAAGAUGUGCCUAGAACUGGCUGGUCUGGUACCAGUGCUUUUUAAGUUAGUUCUGUUGUUUAGUGGGGAAUCCUGUAUUUGUAUAGCCAUUUAUUCUUUACCUGCAUUGGCCUUGCAUAAAAGGGAAAACAAUUCCAGUAUAUCUGCACUAAUGAUACACAGGGCAUCUAUUCUCUCCUAUACUCUAGAUCUGUGAGUAGCAAGUUUGAAAGGACUCUGUUCCAGUUCAGUUAACUAUUAAUACCUUUAAAAGAGACAUUUUAUUAUUUAAAGAGUGUUUGAAAAUCUGUCAUGAAGUACCAAGUGUUGAACAAGGUAGCUGCAGCAAAGGGACUGCUGUCCUCAUUCACACUUCAGUGGAAGAUGAGCAUAUGACUACAAGCAAUUUUCUGUCAAAUGUAUCACUAAUGACUUCAUUUUGUUCCAGUGUUCUGUAGUCUGAAAUAAGCACCUUUAGUAUGACUGUAUUAUAUAUGGUCUUACGUGCUCUGAGCAAAUACUUCAGUCAGUAGAGCUCCUGCUGCCAAACUAAGCCAAUGAAAGCAUGACCUGUAUGUAAAAUGCUACCUUUUUACUCUGUUCUUCCAAGCAUUGCAUCACUGUGAUGGUCUUCAUGCAACUGGCAUUGCACAUCUGAACAGCCACUGAAGGGCUGGUGCCCAGCAGUGCUCUGAUGCUUGCUCAGAGGUUAAAUAACUUCUCUGACCAUUGGCUAUUCUUUCUUUCUUUUUAAUAUCCAAGUUGGGAAUGAAGUCUCGCUUAUAUGUGGAACCUUUUGUGGUACUGGCUCUUGAGUUUGUUUUCUGAAGCAAUAUUAUGAUGCGAGUAACUGUGUCCAUUUGCAAGGAACAGUACUUGAUGCUUGGCUAGUAGGACUCAGACAUUUCUCAUUUAAGUUUGACUCCUGAGUGAAAUGCUAGACCUUGUACUGAGGUAAGGGACCUGCUCUCUCAUGUAAAGUAAUGUAAAUUCCUGUUCCUUGUAUUAAAUGUUGGUUGUAGCCAAAACCAAAGCUGAAUCUUUUGCUUUUCAGCUGUGUUUUGUCUGAAGCAGAUUGGCUUCAUUAGAAUUGCAGCAAACUUUACUACAGCCUCUCCAAGUGGGGCUCAAAGUGUGGUUUUUUUCAUAGCUAAUAAUUACAAUGACUAUCAGAUCUUUUGUAACUGUGUUCAGCUGUAUGUAGCUUCAAGUUAUUUGUGUAAAAUUUUAAUAUGCCUGUGAUUUCUCUCUAACACAGAAGGAUUUUCCACUCUCCUUAAGUGAGGUGGUAGCUCCUAAGUUAGACAAUAAGCUUGCCAGUUAUCUUCCAAAAGGUCUUUUAAAAAUUGCCUACUAGUUCAACAUUCUACUGAAUAUAACUGUCCUUGCAUGCAAGAAAUAGUGAUGUACUCGACAUCUAGUGUGUAAUGAGCCUUCAAAUUAGCACACAGUGGUGAAGGCUUCUGAAGUAGCCCACCACUGCCUAAAGUCUUUAGGGGAGAGGACAGAAGUAGAACUGAGCAAAGCAAAUUUCUCAUGCAGUAUCUCUCAGAACCAAUAAAAAACGUUGGUUAGUUUGAAUGCAAUCAGAAAAUGUCUUUCUCUGAAGCUUCUCUGUUUAGUGUAUAAAGAGCUUUCUGUAACAAAGUUUAGCUUUCCUUUAUCACCAUGUAUGAAAACAAUGCACUUUGGUUUGCAGCACUUUGCAGUCUCUAUUCAGUGGAAGUUUGUCUAGUCGCAGUGAGCAUUUGGGCUCUAGUUUCACUCCUGGAACCUACAGUUUGAUGUCAUAAACCGGCAAGCUUUUGUUUUCUUUCAGAAGGACAAACCAGGAUAAGGAGAAUUAAAUUACAGAAUGCUGAAUGUUGUCUAAAGGCUACUGUGUUCCAGUAUUCUUCAGCUCAAAAGCUGGUUAGAGCACAGGCCAAAAAAGAGAGAGUGAAGCCAGCAUUGUGCUUAUGUCUCUGGUAGAGCAUGGGUUUGGGGCUGAUGCUGCCCAGAGGCUUGCACAUCGGUACUUUGUGCACGCACAGCCCUUCUGAAGAGAUGCAGUCACUUGUGUAUGCAUGUUGAUUUCUUUUCUGUUUCUGGACUGUAGCUUGCAGUCCUGCCUGGGAAUAUUCAUCUUCUCACCUAAAAGCUGCCACCAUGUGGCAAAGGACGAUUACUGCGUAGUCCGUUAAUAAAACUAAAGAGGACCCAAGAGAAUCCAGGGAUCUGCCGGCUUUACAUCCUCACAGCCCAACUCCUCUUGCUUUGGAGAGAAACGCCGGUUUACACCGAGGGGUCUAGCGCUGUGUCGGUGUGAAGAUGCUGCUGGGCUGUCUCAGCAGGGAGAACUCUCUUGAUAAGAGGCUGUACGUUUUUAUGUAAACAAUACUGUUACAGUUUUGUCUUAUCCAUUAUUUGAGUUGUAGCCUGUUCCUUUGUUAUUAUUUUUCUUUUCUCCCCCAUGAACUUGUGGAAUUAAGAUGCUGUGAAAUAAAAACAUUUUUGUUACAUGUUUUGUAACCAAA